ACACUCCCAACACCCCAUCAUGUGACCAGCGACGCGUUACAAUAUUAUUAAGAGAAUCUUACGACUUCAUAGAUCCGUAAGCAUUUACUCUUACUUAGAAGCAACAAUUAUCCCGAUGGUCAUAAAACAAUGAUAAUAUGGCUGUUUAACAGAAAACACUGUAAAAAGUGAGACGCUGUGCGCGGUGAAACCUAGUUCAACUAACCGAUAUCUUUCACGAAUGCCUGCGCGCGCGGCUCUUGCGUGCAUAUAAAUAUAUGCGGAAUUCAUUUUCAUUAUCAGUCCAUUUUCUACUAAGCUUAAAGAGUGACGUGCAUCAUAAUUGUUUGUUCCUUCCAAGGAAGCGGCUUCAGAAAAAUGAAGCUCAUCUCACUUUCAAUAUUAAUCGUUCACAUUACGAGUUUAGGGGCGCAAAAAUAUGAAGAUGAACAGUUUUUUCUGCCACAUUAUCAACCGGGCUCAAGUGCAUUUUCAUCCGAUAGCUCGCUCUAUUUACCACCAGAAACUCAUACUGCUAUACCAUAUUUCGCUAUGAAGACCACGAAUAAACUCCCAUUUCAGUACCUACCUCCCACUGGUACAAAGGCACCUGCCUCGUUCCCAACACCAUUUCCCGUGAUUAUGUCUUCGUCUCUAAUUCCAAUUUUUGAUGAUGACGACGAACCAAAACAGCAUAAUGAUCACCCUAUUUCAUCACCGCAACCCCCUCAGCAAAAAAGAUUUAAUAGCACCCAGAGAUCUCAGCACAUGAAAGAACCGGAAAAGCGAGAGAUGAGACCAAUCCCCAAAAAUAUCAAUUAUAACCACCCGGUUGACCGGAUAGAUAUAAAACCCGGCUAUUUUCCAAUAAACGCAGGACAAAUACAAAAUAACCCAGCAAACCAAGCUUCUGCAUCAAGAAGGACUAUACCAAUACUGACAGUUGAUAGCCUAGGGCUAAGAAAUGACGGUGAAAUGGUGAAAGCAGGAUCCUUUCCCACUCAUCAGUACAUUCAUGCUCCUGGAGUGUUCAUAUCGUCUUCGACAACCGAACCUGCAAUCCCAAUCAUCAGACUGUCCAAUGAGAUGGAUUUAGAUGGAAGCUUCAGUUAUGAGGCACUUGGCGCGGACCAAACCCAUUACGUGCAGCACAGCCGCAUGGAAAACAUGGGUUCCGACAAGGAGGAGCAGGUUGUCGAAGGCUCGUACUCGUAUGUCGGCGACAACGGACAGACAUACACCGUCCACUACAUCGCGGACUCCAAUGGCUUCCGAGCAACUGGGGACCACUUGCCGGUAGCACCACCAAUACCCGAAAUUAUCCAAAGAGCGGUUCAAUAUAACCUUGCUGAAGAAGCCAAAAGACCGGCACAUCUAAAAUCAUGGCAGGAAGAUGAAAAAGCCUAUGAUCUCGAAGCGGAAAAAAAUCAAAGAUACCCAUCAUCCCCGAUACGUAAUCUGUUUACAGGUAGAACUCCUGAAGCGUUUUCGUAUAGUUUCUCCCCAGGUUUAGCACAAAACAAUGAGAACAAUCAAAACAUGCAAAACAACCAAAACAACCAAAAUAUGCAAAACAAUAAAAACAUGCAAAACAAUCAACACAGUUUAGCGACCGCAGCCAGUUCUCUUCAAUCAGUCAAAACCUCUAUCGACUUCACAAAAGACCAAACACAGGUUAAGUUGAACAAUGGACCAAUUUCACCUCAAAUAACUUUCCUGGCUUCGCAAGGCGCUCACGUUCCCUCGGUAAACACGCCCCAGCAAUCGAUAUCUAGAAUAUUUACGACAGAGAAGUCUAAUUUGCCGCAAUUGAUGAAUUAUGAAGCAGUUAUUAAAGACUCCGAUCAAGAAAACAAUAAAGCAUUAUGGCGAUGGCAAUAUGGCUUAAACUCAAAUAAUGGUAAUCAAAACACGAACAGAAAUACGAUAUCUAGAUCCUCUGGUGAUGAAAUCAUGAUAAACUUUAGUGAAAUGACCCCAGAACAGUAUACUUCAAUGCUACAAGCACAACUAGAACCAAACAUUAGGAAUAACGUGCAACAAAUGCAAUAUACUGAAGACCAGCAAGCGAAUGUCUACAACAAUUAUAAUGGUGAUCAAACCCAGAAAAAUCAAAAGCACAAUUCUACCGAAGCCAAGAUUGGAAAUGAAUAUUUAAAUCUAGUUUCGAACCACGAUCGUACACAGAAUACAUUUAUAAACCAAAAUGCUUUAUCAAAUACACAAUUGUACCAAAAUCAAAAUUCAUACUCAUAUAACCAACCGACGAAUAACCUAAACCACAAUCAUAAUAAUCAAGCCUACUCCAAUGACGUAUCUCCAGCACCGCAAAUUUCUCUACCAUCUAGUGAAUCCCAAAAUGAUUGGUACAAAUCGAAUGAUGAAUCAAGUCAACCCCCAAACCAAGUGAAACAAACAGAUGAACCAGUUAACACCUAUCAUCAAUCAAAAAUAGUAACACAUCACGAUUUUGUUCCUCCAAGUCAAACUGUAACCAAAUCCUACGAUUAUGAAGAAAGCUUUUAUGAGUCUAGAAAAAUUAAUGAUGUUACCAAAGAUGUAAAGAUCGAUUAUGCCAAUUCGUCGCCUUUGCCUCUAUACUUCAGUGGGUCUUCAACUUUGCAAACUAUUGAUAAUGAUAUUAGACUUACAACUACAGAACAACCAUCAACUACCAGCGCUGAAGCUAGUAUUAAGUUUGUUGACUUUAUUCAACCCGAUGAUGGCAAAACCCAAACACCAGCUGAUAGCGAAUCCAGUAUCAGAUUUGUUGACUUUAUUAAGCCCGAUGAUAGCAAGUUUAAACCUGUUACAAAUAAAAAUAUUGAGGAAUACAGAGAACCAACUACAACCCAGGCUAGCAUACAGGAAAUAUUAGAAAAUAACAUUUUCCUAAAGAAUCUUGUUAGAACUAAAAAGAAAGAAAACCAUUCUAAUAAUAAUAUCGAAACAGAGUCAAAGAUUAUAUAUCAACCAACUGUUAAGGCAGAGUCAAAGGUAGAAAAAGUCCCAAAAUUAAUUCAAUAUCAAACACAAAUGAUGAAUGACAUCAAGGGAUACAGAAAGAAAACAUCAGACUUAUCAGAAAUUCUCAAUUUUGUAUCCAAGAACAAUCAUUUUGAAUCAAGCAAGGUAAAACCAAAAAACAAACCAUUGAAUUUUAGCAACAUGAACCAAAGCAAUAGACUGAUGUACAUACCAACGCAUCCCGAAGAGAAUGACAAACAGGAAAACGAUAAAACGGACACGAAUAAUUUGAGGACCCUAAAUCAUCAGCAGCAAGAGGAAUUACGUGGUAUUAUUAAAAAUUACAAAAUUCUUCAACGCAAUAACAACAACAUUCGCAACGAAGAAGACAGGAUGAACCAGUUAAGACGGAAUCUCAGUCCACCACCUUUAAAGAUGCUGCACUCGCCUAAUUUACCGCCAUUAGGACGAGCUGGACCAUCAAUGAAAAGCUAUUUACCACCCAUUUUUGUAUAGAAAUACAAAAACACUGUGAUUUAGGUCCGUAAAGUUAAUUGUUUUGUAAAUACUUUCCAAUCUGCAUUUAUUAGCAUAAGGAUAGU